AUGCUGUGUUCCCUCUGUGACGCCAUAUUCAGGGCGCCCAUCGAAUUCAAAUUCCGCCUUUACAAGAAGUUCGUGGAUCUUCAUCGAGAGUCCGCAGCUUUAGAAAAUUGUUAUAUGUGCGAUUGCAUAUGGCGCAGCUUCAUUGGUGACGACGAGAACGUUGAGGCAACUGAUGCUGCAGAUUAUUUUACCACAUACAGGUUCAUUGACCAGUCCCGUAUGCAUGGUCAUACUGGUCUUCUUGCGCUCGUCUCGGACUACGACUAUCCUGCUUUCUACGUUGAGCCUGUAGCAGACGGAUACCAUGUUCCUGAGGUGACGAGAGAUCGAUCUACGACCAACACAGAUUCCGAGGAAAGUUGGACACUCAUCAAGCAAUGGCUGGGGCAAUGCAUCAAUGGACAUGUGAAAUGUAACGAGCAUGUUUCCCGUAUAAAUGCUAGACUCCCGGCUCGAUUGCUCGACUUAUCAAAUAAUCAGCUACGUCUUAUCCUUACGAACGAGACCACACCAGAUGGCCCCUAUGCAUCGUUGAGUCAUUGCUGGGGCUCUGGCCAAUACUUCAAGCUCACGACAGCUACUGUUGAUCAGAUGAAGGCAGGUUUCAGCAAAACCUUGCUAUCUCGGACUUUCAACGACGCAAUUCGUGCUACGCUGGAACUUGGCCUAAAAUAUCUAUGGAUCGACGCCCUCUGCAUCGUCCAAGACUUCAAGUCUGAUUGGAGCCGAGAAGCUCUUGCAAUGGCAGAUGUUUAUCAGGGAGCUCUCUGUAACCUCGCAGCAACUGGUUCCGCAGAUGGCCAUGGCGGUCUCUUUCACGACCGGAAUGCUAACAUGGUGUCACGGUGCAUCGUUGAGACAGAUUGGCCUGAGAGUUCUGUCCAAAAGCUAAGGAAGCAGCCUGACUGGGGAAAGAGCAGGAAAAGAUUAUACGAAGUUCGAUGUGAUGGAUUUUGGAGAAUGGAGCUUGAGCGAGCACCUCUCUUGCAACGAGCGUGGGUGCUCCAAGAGCGUCUUCUCGCGCCACGCGUUAUUCAUUUUGGUGCUCGACAAGUGCUAUGGGAGUGCCUGGAAGUGGAGGCUUGCCAAACCUAUCCCGAUGGACUACCGUUCGAGUACGGUCCGCGACGUUUCAAGGGACUGGACCCUUCUGUCGACGGGCAAAGGAUACGGCGUAACGUGGGACCGACUCACAUAGAUACUAACCGGUUUGAUGCCUACUAUCUGUGGGAUAAUAUCAUCGAGUCUUAUUCGGAAGGCGCAUUAUCGCACGAAGAAGACAAAUUGAUCGCGCUGUCUGGUGUGGCAAAAUACAUGGAAACUAUCUUGCACGACAGGUAUCUCGCCGGCCUAUGGCAACAGUGUCUUCCCUCUCAGCUCCUCUGGCGUUAUGACUCUCCGGGAACACGGCCUCAUAAGUACCGCGCGCCUUCUUGGUCGUGGGCUUCCGUGAACCCUCAGACCGAUCGCGGCCUUACGGCUGGUCGUUGCUACGACAUGGGUAUCUUAGCAAAGGUGAUCGAGGUCAAGAUCGAAAGUCCGGGCCAAGAUACCACUGGCCAAGUCACUGGAGGCCACCUGCGAUUGCGCGGUCCCCUAUGCACGGCUCAGUUCCUCCCCCGGAAGGAAACCGAUAUCAGCAGGCUCUCCCGCGUCGGUGUGCGGAUGGGGGGACUUGAAAGGAGCGGAGUAGUGUACGAGGACGUACUUGGCGAGCUGCAAGCGUCAGAAGAAACCACCGGAGGCCAUCGAUACCACUUUUUUGUCAUCGAACUCCAACUAGGCAACCCCAAUACGCUUGUAGGACUGAUGCUUCAGCCGACGGGAAUACGAAACGGUCAAUUUCGACGAUGUGGCAUAGUGCACAUGUCUUUGACUGAAAUCGAAACUACUGUCCCAGAUAUGGAGCAAGAGCCUUGGCUCCAGUAUGAAGAAAGUCACGGCGGAAACACAUAUACUAUCACUGUCAUUUAA